AUUGUCGGGCUGAUUGAGUGUUCUACUAAGCUUUUGUACCUCAUUUCCUGCAUUUAUCAAAUUAGAGAUACAUGGGAGCCCCUAGCAUGUUACCUGCAGAACCUCAAUCAAGAAGUGCACAAAUUUGCGAAUCUCGUUCGACCGCGUCUUCAAAGAUUAAACCAAGAAGUUCGUAUUAAUGCAGACCAGCUGACAGGCACUACCGAACAUGCACGUAUCACGUUGACUUCCGAAUUGUAUCGAACCGCUUCGCUUCUUUAUCUUCACCAGGUGGUUCCAGAUCAACUUAGGUCAGACAGCAAAGCCCGUGGGCUGGUCAGUGAUGGAUUAGGACUGGUAGAUCGAAUGGAAGUUUUCACCAGUCCGUGGCCGAUGUUCUUGCUGGCGAGCAAUGUCUGCACAGAUGUCGAACGACGUCAGGCACUGGCCAUUUUGAAUACCGUGGAUUAG